AAACAUUCUUUCAAUUUUUCAAUAAAGUUAAUAACAACACGCAAGACGUACGCCUCCCGUAGAGAAGUGGCCAUUCUACAAUUCAACACCUGUAUGACAAUGCCAUACCAUUACUUAGCAAUGUUUUCGUGUGCGCAACAGAAGUAAUUAAUAAAGCAACGUCGCUUUCUUUGAUGCCUAAAACUAAGUCUAAAGUUCAAUGUGUUUAAAACAGUAACCUGGAGUGAUUUACUUUCGAAUAUUGUUUAAGGAUGGUGGACAAAAUGAGCCUGGUCAUAUUCCUCAUGAUAAUAAUCACAGGUGCACAGAACAAUCUCGUCCUUACGAUAUCUUUCUCACCAAAUACUGGUAUUUGUCAACAUUACACGGGAAAAUGCAGAACGCUUUUAAACUCAAGUGAGCCACGUUUCAUCAACACAACUAUCGGUUACAACGGAACGGAAAGUGUUGCAACAGAUCUGCUUAAAGCAGUCGAGAAAAUAUAUGAGAAAAAAAUGAAAUUGGAUAAAAAAGAAACAAAUGACGUUGUGUGUAAGCCGAUCUUAGAAAAAGCAGUUUGUUUCUUUGUCUUCCCUUUGUGUUCAUCACGACAACAAAAAAUGGAUAUAUGUCGAGAGGAUUGUGAUUAUCUUUAUGAAUUAUGCGGCAAGGAUCUUGAUCAUCUUGUAGGUGUUGGCCAGUUUUUGCUUUUCGGCAAGUUGUCUGGUAUUGUUUUUCAUUUCGGUGAUUGCAAAGAUUUAAGGAGCGAGAAAGACACUUCAUGUUCGCACUUACCAUUCUUAGACGUACCGAAGACAACUAAUAAAGAUACUAACUCACCUGAUAUGAAAAUGGUAAUAGUUCUAGCUGUCCUUCUUCCUCUUACCGCGUUCGUCGUUCUUAUUCUUUGUCUGUAUCAUCGUCGACUAUCUAAAAGAGAGAAAUUACACUCGUUUGAUUAUGAAAACGGAAGGAGAGACACUAGUAGAAGCAGAGAAAAAGCGUCAAACGUUGUGUCAAUGAAGGAACGCAUUCAAGAAUGGAAAGUUGCCCCUUCAGAACUCAUAGAGCUUAUGGAUAUCUGCAAAUCGAGAGGUGUUUUAGAGAUACCUGUGGAUAAAAUAGAGUACCUAAAGGACCUGGGCUCUGGUCAAUUUGGGUUGGUAUUUCAAGGAAGGGUGAAUGAAAAUGUGAAUGUUGACAGUUGUGAAAUCGUUGCCGUUAAAACAUUACGAGAAGGAUCGUCGCAUGAAGCAAUUAAAGAAUUUUGUCAAGAGGUCAACAUAAUGUCAACAUUUAGUCAUCCAAAUCUCGUGCAAUUGAUCGGCGUUUCGCUGUCAGAUGAGCCAUAUUGUAUGAUAUUCGAGUUCGUCGAAUACGGAGAUCUGGCAAAUUUUCUGAGAAAAUGCAAUGAAUCAUCAGAAGAUGGAAGCUCAGCUUAUCCCAAGUUAUCCACAACGGACCAGUUGUCUAUGGCAGUCCAGAUAGCGUCAGGAAUGAAGUAUAUCUCUUCCAUAAGCUGUGUCCAUAGGGAUCUAGCCGCGCGGAAUUGCCUCGUUGGCAGAGGACUGGUAGUGAAGAUAUCGGAUUUUGGUCUCUCACGUGACAUCUAUGCAUCGGAGUAUUAUAAGAUGGACAAGACAAGGAUGCUCCCAGUUCGUUGGUUACCUCCGGAAGCGUUCGUUGACGGAAAGUUCACGACGUAUUCCGACAUUUAUUCAUACGGAAUUGUGCUGUGGGAGAUCUUUACUUUCGCCAAGUUACCGUACGAAGAUCAUGACAACAAAAGAGCGAUGGACUUGAUUUUGAAGGGAAAUUUGCUCGAGAAACCGGAGCAAUGUCCUCCUGCGAUCUACGAUAUUAUGUUGCAAUGUUGGCAUUACAAUCCAGAGUUGAGGAUUUUGUUUCCGGAUAUCAUCAACGAACUGUGUUCAUUGGAUGACUUUGGUCAGCGGUUUCACUCGAACAACACCGAACAAAUUCAAGAAAACUUCAAAGCUCGUUCUUUCUCAAACAAGUCAAAAUUGAAUGCAGACUUCGAGAACAAAGUUUGUGAUAUAAAUGACGAACAGCCAAUCAACGAGGAGCGUUCACCAUAUGAACCAAUCACAAAGAAAAAGGGAAACCCUUACACUAUACUGAAUAAGCCUGGAGCACCCACCGAUAAUGUAUAUGAUGGUAUUGUAACUUUAUCUGAUGUGGGAUGUCAGAAACAUCCUGGAACGGAACGGCAGGAUCUCGACACCCCAACACUAAAGGAUAACUAUGAUAAUGAAGGAUCAAUACCGACCUGUCGGAACAUUAACGGUUACGAUACUCCGGAAACCUUCGAAAACCUUACAAAAAGAGAAGAUGAUGACAACGAUGUGUGCAGUUGCAUGAAACAAAAGCCAGAACACGAACGCCAUUUCCAAGAAGCAUACGAUGUACCCACAACAUCCCAUGAUUACCCUGAUGGACCGGAGAAAACCUAUGACAUCCCUCCAACAUCUCAUGAUGUACAUGAUGGGGAAGAUACAUACGAUAUUCCUCCUAAACACGAUGAUCAUCAACAAGAAGCUAACGAAGACGCGUACAGUAAUAUUGGUGUAUCAUCGAAGCAAUCGCCAAUCAAAAAGAACGAGACAGAAGAUGUUAAUCGAUCUGAUGAAGGAAAUGAUGUUUCUUGGUCUACGGAUGACGUUGAUGAUAUUUAUGAGAAUUCUGCAAUUUUUAAGCCAACGUUCGGAAGCAACUCGGUGCCAGAAUCACCCUGUCUUAAUCGGACUACGAAUGACGACGAUGACAUAUAUGAGAAUUCUGUGGAGUCCAAGUCAACGAUUGAACAUUACUCUGUCCCUAAAUCAUCCUUUCUUGAAGGAGAAAUCAACACACACUCGCCUCAAACAUCCCCAAUUGCCGUAUAUGAAAACGUACAUUUAGAUGGUGAAUAGUUUGUUUCAUCAUAAAGAUAUCUUAUUACCAAGCUUGUUAUUCUAAAGGAGAAAAGUCUCAGCGCAAGCUGAAGCAGUAAGAAGCUUGACGUCACUGGAAAAUCCGUCAAGUUAACGUUUCACUAGAUGAUUAUUUAGCAAAUUUUAGUAAAGUUCAAUAUCAGAUGCAUAUAUAGAUUAAUCUGAAUCUGUGAUUAGGAUGAAUGAUAUGUUUCGCGUGAUCAGUUAAACAAGCAAAGAAUAAAUUAUAUAUAUUUGCGAGUAACGAAA